CUCCAUCCCACACCCAUCCGAUCCUCCAUCCAAAUCCAUCUUGUAUCUAUACUUCUGUCACGCCCCAUUCCAGUCUUUGUCCGCCACCCCCGCCGUUUCUGGAACCCUCCCGGCGCCUUGUACUUGACGCUUGGUGGAUCGCUUUUGGAACGUGCUGUUGGAGAUGUUCUAUUAGGAUCCUGGGCUGUUGAAGUGUAAUAUACAUCAAAGGGAAUGAGACACGGUGUCGCCAUGGCCACGCGAUCGAACGGAAGCAUGACCACCAUGUCUUCGACCGCUCCCCAACGACGAAACGACCUCUCCACCCACGGCAGAUCAUCUAGUCGGAGCGCAAAGUUGAGCGGCGAGGAGGCCUCAUCUUCGACGGCACAUAAGUCGCGUAACGCUCCGGAAGCGACAGGAAGGUUAAAGAGGAAUGCUGCCACCGUAGAGCAACCAUCGAAGCCGGCGCCAGGGAAGCUGUUGCGCCCUCCACAAAAGAAGGUGGUGUCGGAAAGCUCCUCGGUCUUCGAUGUUCCCUCGUCGGAUGACGAACCUACCCCGAAACCAACUACACGGAGAGCACUUCCAUUAGGUCGACCUCGUGCCCCAGUUCCAACUCAAUCAAGACGCAAAACACCCGAGCGACAAGUGAGCGACGCGAAGGUCCAGAAGGUUCAGAAGUCGACACUCGUACCACAGGCGUGGGUCUCCCGUCCUAUCACCGAGAAGCCGGUCAAGGAAUCAUCUGACCCAUACUCGAUCCAUUCAACCAGUUCUGAACACGAAUCAGAUAUGGCGGCGAAAUCGGCCAUGAAGCGUAAAGUUAGCGAUGCGCCACAAAGAACCGAUACGUCUGGCGUAGUCAAGAAACCGCGAAGGAUCGGAGUGAGUGAAACGAAAGCUCGUUCACUUGGAUCACAAGCAAAAUCUGCCCCAGAAGCGCUACGCAAAAUGGUGUCUAGAGACCGGCAGAGUGCCAGAGUAACUUCUGCAAAAGCGGCGCAAGGCGCCCACUACUCCCCAGGACUCACUUCUGACGACACUGGUAUCACUCCAUCCACACCACCAGCACGUCAGAGUGACUCUGAAGCAUCGAACAGUCAUGCUCCAGGUACCAUCACUCCGAAACAGAAAGAGCUGUGGUCAGCCUUACUAGAGUCCCCAGAGACUCCUAACAGGGAAGAACUCCAGCGACUGCGGCUAAGCGAGAAGAAAGUCGCAUUUCUUCACCGGUCGUCGUCGGAUAUUCCGAAGAGAUCACGACUGAUUGACAGCUUGAGACUACACGGCUCGGCAUCAAACGAAUCCGAAGAGGAGGAUGACGAUGACGAGAAAAUGGAGGAGGCAGACGGCACACCCAGGAGAGGCGGGAAGAGGAAGGUUCAGGAAGCGUUCGAGACGAGAAAUGCGAAAGUCACUCAAAAUAGCCAUGUUCGGACGUUUGUUUCUAGUGCCGGUGCUCGGAUGACCUACGGAGAGACGCGCACCCUUCUACAAGAGGAUCCGAAAACCUUCGAGGAGCAACUCGACGAUAUGUUCCCGGACCCCGUCCCAUUGAGCAGCCAGCCCAUCGACGAGGAACUAGAAGACCCCCAAGGCGCCAUGCGGUCGGUCCACGAACUCCGCGCCGCAGGCGGAAGCCAACGGUUCGCGGAAGACCUUGAGGCCCUGCUGGAGGACAUCUCCGCCACCACGCCCGGGUCGACCGGCCGGAAGCGGAGCGCCAUGUGCGAGCUAGCUGAGAAAUGCGCGGAUAAGGACUUCGUCGAGCGCAUGUGCACCACGGGGUUCAUCGGCCGCAUGUUCGAGAUCGGCGCGUCGGAAACGGAUACGAUCGUGCUGUUUGCGUGGGGCAUCGCCGUGGCGCUGGCGUUGAAAUUGGGGACGAGCGGCAUCGUGGCGCAAGGAGCGUGGGAGGCUUCGCAUCGGAUGGAGCAGUCCUAUGGAUCACUGUCGAGGCUUUUGGACAUGGACGCUGAUAUCGUACGGAUCGGCAAGGAUCGAAAGACGAAUAUGUCUCGCGCGUCUCAGAUUUCACUUGCGCAGUUCAAGGAGUUUGUGUUGAAGGGAGUGCUCUUCCAAAAUGGCACACCGCAGCAGACAACCUUGAGUCCCCGAGACGUGACGCUCCGGUUUCUGGAGUCGCUGCUUCGAAAACUCCGCAAGUCCGGGAUCCGAGACACGAUCCUGGACGAGCAAGUGGUUGCGAAGAUUAUCGAGAUCGCCCAAAAGAGCCUGAAAUCGCCUGGGCCUCGUGACCACUGCAUCUCCAUCCUCGAGUUCGAAUCCGGGUCCGGCAAGUCGUUCCCCACCGAGCAGAUCCACGCGAUCGUCACCGUGAUCACCUCCAUCCUCUCCAUGGACGAAACCUACAACACCACCUCCGACCUCCUCGAGCUCACCCUCCGCCUCAUCCUCAACCUCACCAACAACGAACCUACCGCCUGCGCCAUCUUCUCCUCUCCCGCCUCCCCCAUCAUCCUCCAACUCCUCACCUCCACCGUCCACCUCUUCUCCACCUGCACCUCCAUCGCCACCUCUCCUACACCCCCCUCCGCCACCCACCUCGUCUCCAUCGACCGCCUCAUCCUCACACUCGGCGCGACCAUCAACCUAGCCGAAUUCUCCGAUCCGGCCCGCCGCGCCGCCCUCUCCCCCGUUCCCCCUUCAAACCACCAACCCAACCCCCCCAAACCACCAACCACCAUCCUCUCCUCCCUCCUCCACACCUUCCUCGCCGGCCGCGCCCACCUCGCCGCCGCUACCAUCGACGACCUGCAAGCCGAAUCCACGAAACAACACAGCUCCUUCUCGCAACUGCAGAUCGCGCACGGAUACCUCGCCGUGCUGCUCGGGAACCUGUGCCAGUGCCCCGCGGUGCUGAGCGCCGUGCGGGAGGAGUUGGCGCGCACGACGCGGCCGGGGCAGUCCGGGGGGAGGGAGACGGACACGGGGUUGCGGGUGUUGAUGAAGGCGGUGCGGGAGUUUAUUACGGUGUAUCGCGCGGCGAAUGGGGCGGGGAGCGGGGGGCAUGGGGAGGAGGAGGGGCAGGAAGAGGGGGAGGCUGGAGAGGAGAUGGUGUGGGAUGGGAUGGGAAGUGGGCGGGGGAGGGGGAAGGGUGGGACAGAGGAGGAUGAGACGUGGAGGGCGUGGACGGUGAGGUUGGAGGGGGUGGUGAGGAAGUUGGAGGAGGCGGAGGGGUGA